AUGAGUGAAGAAGGAGAUCGCACGUGUUAUGUUUGUAAUUUCAUCCCGGAAGUAACAAGUGAUCUGUUGGAAGAGCUUUUUACUCAGGUUGGUCCAGUUGAAAAACUAUCACUAACUGAAAGGAAUUCCCAUCGUUUUGCUAUGGUAACAUUUGAAGAUGAGGAAAGUGUACCAUUUGCUGUCGAGACAUUGGAUGGCAUCAAGUUGUUUCAAAUACCGCUAACCGUCAAGCCACGCAGUGGUUCGAAACAUGACAAAAGGAAUUCGGAUUAUGGAGGAAAACGCGACUCGUACGGGAGCACUCAUUCAUCACCACAUUCUGAAUCUCGUAAAAGAGAUUACAUGGGGAGAGCUAUGAGCUAUGAUGAACGCAUGAGUCACAGCUACAGCGGUUCAAGGCAAGAUAAAAGCUCUAUGUUUACUCCACCUAUACCACCGCCACCCCCGCCUCCUCCACAACAUUCAGACUUGAAAACUCGUACGAUAUCACGUGAUCAAGAGUGUAGUACUCCGAAGUCGAGCUUCACUGGAAGACCUGGUGGUGAUCAAAGGCGCACUUUUCCAUCAAAGCCAUCGGAUAGCAGGGUUUUCGACAGCGAAUCAAAUGGCUUCGACAGAUUCCAUGGUAGUGGCCGAGGUGGGCAUUCAGGAUAUUCCAGAAGACAGGACAGCUAUUCAGGCCAUAGAUGGUGA